AUGGUGCUGGCGGGCGUGCCGUUCGCGGACCUACUCGCGAGGGGACGGGCCAAGGUAUACCGAUGGGUUGCCGCGGCCCGUCUCGAGGGGCACGUAUUAACGCCCCGUGAAAUCGAAGCCCGAAGACAAGUGGCACAUAAACGGGUGUUCGCGGAAUGGCGCGCCUGCUUGGAGGACGUGGAGCAUGGGGCCUGGACCGUUGGGGCCGUCAGGCCGUGCCUUGAGGAGGUAGUCGGUAGAAGGUGGGGAGGCCUCACCUACCGACUCACGCAGGUGCUCACCGGACACGGAUGUUUCUAUGAGUAUCUGCACUGUAUAGGUAAGGAGCGCAGUCCGCGCUACCACCAUUGUGGCGCGGACGAGGACACCGCGCGGCAUACCCUCGCGGAAUGUUCCGCGUGGGAUGCAGAACGCGGGGUCCUCGACCUCUGUGAA